CAAGAGCAGCUGGCGGAGACCCGCGACCAUUUCGCUCGAAAAAGUAUGAGGAGAACCGCGAUCGCGAUGAACUGCCUUGCUCAUCAAAUGACGAAAGCCGGGUGCCUCGGUCGGGCAGUCGACGAGAGCCAGGUACGAAUGCCUAUGCACGGCAAAAUAUUGCAGAGCUGUGGUCGCAAGAAGGCGCUAAUCUAG